AACGCUCCACACCACGAUCACUCCAUUAUGAACAACAAUACUGGAGAAUGAUGAAGGAGUGAAAUCACAGGACAGAUAAUAUUUAAAUAUUCCCCGAGAGAUUAGAAAAAGUAAGCAUCAGAAACAUGAGCUGAAAAGCCAGGUAAGGCGUGUGAGAUAAUAAAGAGGGAGUUGGAAGUCGUUGAUAAAGCUAAGGAUUCUUGCAAAUGUCACAAGAUUCUGAGGAGAUAAAGACCACUGAGCACUGGAAAUGGUCCGAAAUGCAAGGCCUUGAGCUUGUGCCCCCUGCUCCUCUUUCCGACUCGACGGCAGAAAACAGAGACUCCCACGCAGAGGAAGCCACCAGAGGAGAACGCAGGGACAUGGAAAUCUCUGAGCCCAAGAAAGACGGCGGAGACAAGCCUGACACUGUUCCGCCCGUCGGAUUCGGCGAGCUUUUCCGAUUCGCCGAUGGAUUAGAUUACAUUCUAAUGGGAAUUGGAACGGUGGGGGCAAUUGUGCAUGGCUGUUCUCUGCCUCUGUUUCUUCGGUUUUUCGCUGAUCUUGUGAAUUCUUUCGGGUCCAAUGCCAAUGAUGUGGACAAGAUGACCCGAGAAGUCGUCAAGUACGCAUUUUACUUCUUGGUGGUGGGUGCUGCUAUAUGGGCAUCCUCGUGGGCAGAGAUAUCGUGCUGGAUGUGGACUGGAGAGAGGCAGUCGACGAAAAUGAGAAUAAAGUACCUCGAAGCCGCCUUGAACCAGGAUAUUCAGUAUUUUGACACCGAGGUUCGAACGUCCGACGUUGUUUAUGCCAUUAACACUGAUGCUGUGAUGGUCCAAGAUGCCAUUAGCGAGAAGCUGGGUAAUUUCAUUCACUACAUGGCUACAUUCGUGUCUGGGUUUGUGGUAGGUUUCACAGCCGUUUGGCAGUUAGCUUUAGUCACACUCGCCAUAGUCCCAAUGAUAGCUGUGAUCGGAGGCAUUCACACAGCCACGUUGGCCAAGCUCUCCGGCAAAAGCCAGGAAGCUCUCUCUCAAGCCGGCAACAUUGUGGAACAGACGGUAGCGCAAAUUCGAGUGGUGCUGGCAUACGUGGGGGAGAGCCGGGCAUUGCAAGCCUAUUCGUCGGCGUUGAAAAUAGUCCAGAAGGUUGGCUACAAAACUGGCCUUGCUAAGGGAAUGGGAUUGGGUGCCACUUACUUUGUCGUCUUUUGUUGUUACGCUCUUCUGUUAUGGUACGGAGGCUACCUCGUCAGGCACCACCACACCAAUGGCGGACUUGCCAUCGCCACCAUGUUUGCUGUUAUGAUAGGUGGAAUCGGUUUGGGUCAAUCUGCUCCAAGCAUGGCUGCAUUUACAAAGGCCAGAGUUGCUGCUGCAAAAAUUUUCCGCGUAAUUGAUCACAAGCCAGGGAUAGACCGAAACAGUGAAUCGGGCUUGGAAUUAGAGUCAGUUACGGGACUAGUGGAGCUAAAAACUGUAGACUUCUCAUACCCGUCAAGGCCAGAGGUUCGGAUUCUCAAUGAUUUCUCACUAGUUGUGCCUGCCGGGAAGACCAUAGCCUUGGUUGGUAGCAGUGGCUCCGGCAAGAGCACCGUCGUCUCCCUCAUUGAGAGAUUCUAUGACCCCACUUCUGGACAAGUUCUGCUUGAUGGGCAUGACAUUAAAGCAUUAAAGCUUAGAUGGUUGAGGCAGCAAAUAGGACUAGUAAGCCAAGAGCCUGCAUUAUUUGCCACCACAAUAAGAGAAAAUAUACUGUUGGGUCGGCCAGAUGCAGACCAGGUCGAGAUUGAAGAAGCUGCAAGGGUCGCUAAUGCUCAUUCGUUCAUUAUCAAGCUUCCCGAAGGCUAUGAUACCCAGGUGGGGGAGAGAGGAUUGCAGCUUUCCGGAGGACAAAAGCAAAGGAUAGCAAUUGCAAGGGCAAUGUUGAAAAACCCAGCUAUUCUUCUGUUGGAUGAAGCAACAAGUGCAUUAGACUCUGAGUCAGAAAAGCUGGUUCAAGAAGCCCUAGACCGGUUCAUGAUUGGGAGAACAACUCUUGUUAUUGCUCAUCGCCUAUCCACCAUUCGCAAAGCUGACCUUGUAGCUGUACUUCAACAAGGAAGUGUUACUGAAAUUGGAACUCAUGAUGAGCUCCUUGCUAAAGGUGAAAAUGGAAUGUAUGCCAAGCUUAUUCGGAUGCAGGAAGCAGCACAUGAAACUGCUAUGAAUAAUGCCAGAAAGAGUAGUGCAAGGCCUUCAAGUGCUAGAAACUCUGUGAGCUCACCAAUAAUUGCUCGGAAUUCUUCUUAUGGUCGGUCCCCAUACUCACGCAGGCUGUCGGACUUCUCUACUUCUGACUUUAGCCUUUCCAUUGACGCACCACAUCCAAAUUACAGGCUCGAAAAGCUUGCCUUCAAAGACCAAGCUAGUUCCUUUUGGCGCCUUGCAAAAUUGAACUCCCCUGAAUGGCUGUAUGCUUUAAUUGGUUCCAUAGGCUCUGUUGUUUGCGGAUCCCUUAGUGCCUUCUUUGCUUAUGUCCUUAGUGCAGUCCUUAGCGUCUAUUACAAUCCAAACCACAAAUUUAUGAUUCGAGAGAUUGAGAAGUAUUGCUACUUGCUGAUUGGCCUUUCAUCAGCUGCACUUCUCUUUAAUACACUCCAACAUUUCUUCUGGGAUAUUGUGGGAGAAAAUCUUACAAAGCGAGUGAGGGAGAAGAUGCUGACUGCUGUGCUUAAGAACGAAAUGGCAUGGUUUGAUCAGGAGGAAAAUGAGAGUGCUAGGAUUGCAGCAAGGCUUGCUCUUGAUGCCAACAAUGUCAGAUCAGCCAUUGGAGAUCGCAUUUCAGUAAUUGUUCAAAACACGGCCCUUAUGCUAGUUGCAUGUACUGCAGGGUUUGUUUUGCAGUGGCGCCUUGCCCUUGUCCUUGUAGCCGUCUUCCCUGUUGUUGUGGCAGCCACAGUUUUACAGAAAAUGUUCAUGAGCGGUUUCUCUGGAGACCUGGAAGAAGCUCAUGCCAAGGCCACACAACUAGCAGGAGAAGCCAUUGCAAAUGUUAGAACUGUUGCUGCGUUUAACUCUGAAACAAAAAUUGUUGGUCUUUUUACUUCUAACCUUGAAACUCCACUACGAAGAUGCUUUUGGAAGGGGCAGAUUUCUGGAAGUGGGUUUGGGAUAGCUCAGUUUGCACUUUAUGCUUCCUAUGCGCUUGGUUUGUGGUAUGCUUCUUGGCUCGUGAAGCACGGAAUCUCUGACUUCUCUAAAACAAUCAGAGUUUUUAUGGUCCUCAUGGUUUCUGCCAAUGGCGCUGCUGAAACUCUAACCCUGGCCCCUGACUUCAUCAAGGGAGGUCGAGCUAUGAAGUCAGUUUUUGAUCUCCUCGACCGAAGAACCGAAAUUGAACCAGAUGACCCAGAUGCUAUUCCUGUUCCAGACCGUCUUCGUGGUGAAGUUGAGCUUAAGCAUGUUGACUUCUCAUAUCCCACUCGCCCUGAUAUGCCAGUAUUUCGCGACCUAAAUCUCCGUGCUAGAGCCGGGAAAAUUCUAGCCCUUGUUGGACCUAGUGGCUGUGGUAAGAGCUCAGUCAUUGCAUUAGUACAACGAUUUUAUGAUCCAACAUCUGGGCGAGUGAUGAUUGAUGGAAAGGACAUCAGAAAAUACAAUCUCAAGUCUCUGAGGAGGCACAUCGCGGUGGUACCGCAAGAGCCUUGUCUGUUUGCUGCUACUAUAUAUGAAAACAUCGCAUAUGGGCAUGAGUCAGCCACAGAAUCCGAGAUAAUAGAAGCAGCAACAAUGGCCAAUGCCCAUAAAUUCAUAUCAGCUUUGCCUGAUGGAUACAAGACAUUUGUGGGAGAAAGAGGAGUUCAACUAUCAGGAGGGCAGAAACAGAGAAUAGCGAUUGCUAGGGCAUUUCUGAGAAAGGCCGAGUUGAUGCUUCUUGAUGAGGCAACAAGUGCGCUUGAUGCUGAGUCUGAGAGGUCUGUUCAGGAGGCUCUGGACCGUGCGUGUUCUGGAAAAACAACAAUUAUAGUUGCACAUAGGCUAUCGACUAUUAGGAAUGCUAGUCUUAUUGCAGUGAUUGACGAUGGGAAAGUGGCAGAGCAAGGAUCUCACUCACAUUUGUUGAAAAAUCACGCGGAUGGCAUCUAUGCACGAAUGAUUCAAUUACAACGGUUUACACACGGUCAAGUGGUCGAGAUGACAUCGGGUUCGAGUUCUUCCGCGAGACCAAAAGAUGAUGAAAGAGAAAGCUAGUUGCUCGGAAACAAGUCCCGGUAAUAUAGUAUGCCUUGUACCCAUCAUGAUUAUUGGCUUCUUCUUCUUCUUCUUCUUGGGCUUCCCCACUUUAGAUAGUAUAGUUUGUGUAUCAUCCCUCUCCUCCAAUUUAAGAAUAUAUCUUCUUGUGUUUCUGAAUCUCACCAUGGAAGUGACAGACAAAUACACGAAUGAUAAUGAAAUAUAUUGACAGAUAGGCUGAAGUUCUGGAGAACUUA